AUGGAUUGGACGGUCUUGUGUGGAAGUGACGGCUCAACUGAGAGCAACAUCAAAAUGGUUCCUCGAUCGUACGUUGCUUUAAGUCAUGUUUGGGGCACCAACCCUGAUUGGAGAAGCAAAUUGUUUGGAGAUAGUCCAAGACCUGAAUGGGCUAAAGAUGCAUAUUUACGGGAACUUAUGGAUGCAACACUUAGGAGGUAUCGCAUAAGACUAGUUUGGACGGACUUUUGCGCUAUGCCAUUGUAUACAAUGUCUAAUGAAGAAGUCACUAAGCGUCUAAGAAUGAUGGCUCAGGUUUAUGCUGACGCUGAGACUGUCUUGGUGCCAGCAAUAUUUCAAGAGUGCCCGAUUGGCAACUACAAGUUGCUUUAUGCAGCUUACUUAAAUUGCAGGGACAAAGUAUCUAAAGUUGUGGGCAGGCAGGCAACGAUCGCCCUGGUAAAACUUGCAAAACAACUGUAUAACUCCAAGUGGUGGACCAGACUGUGGACGCUGCAAGAAGGAAUUUUGGCGUCUCAAAUUCAGGGGUAUUGCAGUUCCUGCAGGUCUAUGCACCGACUCUACGGUGAGGUGGGAGGAGAAUCUGGUAUCUGUGAUGUUAUAUCGAUCUUUGUCGACUGGUCCUCGAAUGAUGAAGUUACUUUAGACAUUCGGCCACCAGACGUUAAAGAAAACAUAUCGCAAGCUGUGUCUGCUAUUCACCGACUUUAUAAACUGCGAAAUCGGGGUAGCGAACACUGGAUUCGAGAUUUGCUCGCGGAAGCCAGCUUGCGCAAUGUAUCCGUCAUUCAUGAUCGAGUUAUCGCCAUUUCUGCCGUACUCGAUUUACGUAAUUUUGACACGUCAUGGUCCUACGAGAUGCUUCUCAAAGCAUUAGCUGAUAGAUUGGAAUCAAGUGGUGAUAUAGAUAAAAUGUUUAUUGUUCCUGGCCCAACUUGUGGAGCUUACGGAUUUUGUUGGGUGGCCGGUCAAACGGAAACCGGUUGGUAUUCUCGCAACAUGGUGGGCACCCUUUCCAUCACGAGACAGGAUUACGGGAUUUCACUGAAAUGUUACCCCGUUACCUUGCUGCCAGAAUAUGAGGUUGUGAACCAAGGAAAGAGCGUAUUCUCGUUUACCUCGGCCUUGUUCAAAAUCGUCCCAGAGCAAGACAUUAGGCGGUGGUACAAGAGCAUAAACGGUAUUAAAGAUGCCCAAGAGCUGUUCAAUGUCACCAAGAAGUGGCAUGCUGCAAAGUGGAUUGAGGAUCUGACAGGAACAGGCUACUCUCCAAUUAUCGCCUCGGCCACAACCGGUGACGGAUUUUCCGCCAACGUCAGAAGCAUCGUACAAGUUCAGCAGCUACAUAAUGCGGCCGGCAUAACCAGUGAAGUGAUAGUAAACGACAAGGUUUUGUGCAAGAUGUCUGCGGUUGGAGGUAUCGUGCCUGUCGUAUUACACAGGCCGUUAAGAGAAGGAGAAUUGGCAGUACUGGUUAACAGCUCUAUAAACGAGCCAGGAAAACUGUUAAUGAUUAUAAGGAGAGCUGCGAAUGGCUCAUAUAUCCGGCAGCAUGCGACACAGAACCGUCAUGAACUGGCUCUAAGGAACAGCAACACAACCGAUGGACGCUAUAUAAUCGCGACAAUCCCAGGAGAGUUUGGUCUUGGCAACCGGUUUCCAAAUCUGGUGAAUGGAUUUGUGUUGUCGCUUCUUACCAAUCGAACACUCUUCCUCGAACUGCCCGACGUCAUGUCUUCGGUCUGGAAGUUUAGUCUCGACUUUGAAAUAGGCAACCGAGCACGACCUACGGAUACUGUCAGGAUAAUACAUGAAACCGAAAAGGAUACCUUUGCUAUUUCGACGACGGAAAAUCUAUCGGCUUACUACGAUGCUCCUGAGCGUGGUGGUGUUAGAACGUGGACUAUGCACGGCAUCGAUUACUAUAUCCCGUUUUGGCAAGCCAAUCCUUCGUAUCGUCAAAAACUCGACGAAAUCUUUCCAGACGGUCGAGUGGCUUACCAUGUACUAAGAAAAGUCGUAAACCUCAACUCAAAGCUCCAGCAAAUACUAUCCACCCAUGAAGCCUCCAAUUUCCGACCAUAUAUGGUUGGAAUCCAUGUCAGAGCUCAUAAAGUACAAAGCAUAGCACCAAUGAGAACAUACUCCUUGGUAGCACUAGAGCUUGCUGCUGUAUCUGAUGUCGCUCCAAUUGAUGUUGGCUUCCAUCUUGCUACAGACGACGAGAGUAAGAGAGGCGAGCUAAGUACAUGGCUAGGCGGCCGAGCAACGUAUCUGCCAAUCAAUUUCAGUAUGGAAAAUGCUGUUGGAAAUCCAGGUGGUACUACAGAAGACGGUGCGCUAGAUUUCAUUGCUCUGGCAAUCAGCAAUGUUGUGAUUACAACAUUUGCGUCUAGUUUUGGCCAAUGGGCUGCAGCAAUGAAUGGAAACCCAUAUGUCAUUGUUGGUGUAGGGCUUACUGAUUUUAAGGAUAUCAGAGCUGUGACAAGUUGGAGGACAAACGUGGCAGAACCUUGCACUUUUAGUAUGAAAUCGUUUGUGGGGAGUCCAGAAGCUAAAUCGUAUGAUUUAGAAUUGUUAAUGUCAGAAUAUCUUAGUGCUCUCGCUGCUGGAAAUCUCACUACAAUAGAAGAAAGCAGAAGGGACAGAGCGGUUGCACUACUGCUGACUUCCAAACACUAUCUUCAUCAUUCGCAAUGUCACUACUAG